AUGUUCAACAUGUCUGACGAGUCCAGGAUUGAAUGCACCAUCAGCCAUGAAAUCCACCAGUACCUCUUCUCCUGUGUGUAUAUCCUCGUCCUGUUGAUUGGUGUUCCCUCCAACCUGUACUCUCUGUACCACGCUACACUGCAGCUGAAACAAAAGAAUGAGCUGGGAGUAUAUUUAAUUAACCUCACUGUGUCUGAUCUGUUAUACCUGGCAUCAUUACCACUGUGGCUCCAGUACAUCUUUCAGGGUGAUGAUUGGAGUCACAGGGAAUGGUUGUGUCAGCUAUGUGGCUUCCUCCUCUAUGAGAACAUCUACAUCAGCAUUGGUUUCCUGUGCUGUAUCAGUCUGGAUCGCUACUUGGCUGUGGUCCAUCCUUUAAGGUUCACGUCUCUCCGCUCUAUGAAGGCAGCCUGGGUCGUGAGUGCCAUCAUCUGGCUAAAGGAGAUAGCAGUAGGCGUGGUUUUCUUCCGUCAUAAAGAACUGAGCAAAGACCACACAAACCAAUCAGUGUGCUUCGAGCACUACCCCAUGAAGCAGUGGGAGUAUCCAAUCAACUACUACCGCUUCAUUAUUGGCUUCAUGUUCCCAUUGGCCAUUCUAUCGAUCAGCUACCUUUGUGUCCUUCGUGCUGUGGGUCGGAGUGCAGGUACCCAGCCGGAUCAGAAGACAAGAAUCAGGCAGUUAGUCAGCAGUACCAUCCUCAUUUUCCUCGUCUGCUUCUCCCCAUACCAUGUCUUCCUGUUAGUUCGCACCCUGCUGGAGCGGGACUGCGAAUUUAUCACAGGAAUAUUUAACUACUACCACCUGUCGUUAUUGCUGACCACUCUGAACUGUGUUGCCGACCCUGCUCUUUACUGCUUCGUCAGCGAAAGCGCCCGCCGCGGCUUGUACAGGGUCAUAUUCCGACCCGUUGCCAGGAUACUUUGUUGCUGUCAUCGCCGCGGCAAUGCCAGUCCCACUAACCCCGCCACGGAUUCCCGUGAAGUCGCCACUGAUGAGAACAACGGCCAUCCGACUGUUAUGCUGCUAACACACUCAAGCACACACACCAGCACACUCAACAAUAUUAAAACAGAUGCCACCAUCAAAAAUACUAUUAUAACCUUACAGAUGGAUGAAAAAAAGGUCAUACCAUUAACUGAAGAAAAUAACAGACACUCAGAUAAAUGUGCAGACAGUGAUGGAAAGGUCAGCUUUGUGAUUGGCAUGGAGGAUAUGAACCUAAAGGCAGAGAAGCCUGAAGAGACUGAGGAGCACCCACUAAAAUGA